AUGAGAGCCUCAAGUCGUUUACUCAAUGAAAUCGAUUUGGAAAUAUCAAGAAAACCAUCUCCACCUUCAAAGGAAAGAGAAGGAAGAGGAAAGCAAGAAAGUAAUCAAAGUUUGACCCAAAGUCUUUAUAGAUCUAGCAGAUCGCAAAGUCCUUUUCAAAAAUCAGACAACCAAGAACUUUCCCGCAGCGAAAUUCUGGUUGACAAGCUUUUAGAGCAAAUAAAAAGAAAUAAGGAAAGAGUAGCAUUAGAAUGCAAAAAAUUAAGAGGUGAUAUUGCUCAAGCACUUGAAGGCCUGUAA